AUGGCUUCAAAGGCUGUAGCCUCAACUUCUCUUUUCCUCUUCCUUAACCUAAUUGUUUUCUUCACUUUUGUCAACUCCACUUGCCCUCCACCACCACACUACAGCAGCCCACCACCACCACCACUCCACUACAGCAGCCCACCACCACCACCACAUUACAGCAGCCCACCACCACCACCACCACACUAUAGCAGCCCACCACCACCACCACACUACAGCAGCCCACCACCACCACCACCACACUACAGCAGCCCACCACCACCACCACCACACUACAGCAGCCCACCACCACCACACUACAGCAGCCCACCACCACCACACUACAGCAGCCCACCACCACCACAUUACAGCAGCCCACCACCACCACACUACAGCAGCCCACCACCAGCAGUGGCCACAUGCCCAAAAGAUACCCUAAAGUUGGGUGUAUGUGCUAAUGUUUUGAAAGGGUUGCUUGGGAUUGUGAUUGGAAAACCACCAGUUGAACCAUGUUGCAGCCUCAUUGGAGAUUUAGUUGAUCUUGAAGCUGCUCUUUGCCUUUGCACAGCCAUUAAACUUGAUCUGGGUAUAAUCAACCUGAACGUCCCCAUUGAUUUGAGCUUGGUUUCUAACCAGCUACCAUUAACAUUCCAGCUGAAUAAUUUCUUUGUUGUUUCUUUGUAUUUGUUUUGCAAUAUUGUAACUAGAGAAGGCUAG